UCUCAAUACUGUGCUUUUAUCGUCUCUAUUCAUGGCCUGAACCUCCACGAGUUCACGCCUGUCUUCUUUGAGCGAUUUUUGGUGUACAAGCGGGAUAAAGCCAAAGCAGUAACGCUUAGUGGGUAUCGGAGCGCGAUUAAAGAUCUGUAUCGCUCCAAGAGCGUUAAUUAA